AUGGGGACGCCUGAGCCGAAGGAUUUCGUUUACGAAGAGAAGUUCCCCGUCAAGGCUCCGAAAGGAGCCGUCCGGGACUCGGUCCAAAAACCGAGUUCCAUUGGACCUGCUGCUAAGCGGGACCCCGGCGUCGCUGAAAAGCGAGGUCGAAACCUGGAGCGCGAGCAUCUGAAGGGGGUCAUCCGCGACCCCGCUGCCCGAAGCGAUGCUCUAGACGCUGCGAUGGACUACAUGGAAGUCGAAGAUGCGAAGAAGAAAGCCGAGAAGAAAACGAAGAUAUUGGAGAUCUCGGCGCUAGCGGUCCAUGGCCCCAGCAACGACACUCACGAUGAAGACAAACGAUUUCGUGAAGCCGAAGUCAACUACAUCCGUCAAGAGCUUGCGUUCCUGCUCCAGAGAGAUCCGCUCCUGCCGGACUCCACCGAUGUACGCGAGUACGAUCUGGAAACCACCGUCCUUACGCUCGCGUGGGUGUACGCAGUGUUGCAGAAGCUCGUCCCGAGUGCAGAUGACUCAUCCGCGCCGUUGCUGACCGGAGACCUCACACCUCCUCGGUUGGACGAUUCGCGGAUCUCCUUCAAGUUUGAAGAUGACGGUGACGCUCUCAUGAGGAGCACUACCUCAACCAAGAAGCCUCCACCGGCCCCACGACGCGGGAAGUCUGCGCAAGUGUCAAAUAUUGCGCAGACUCGCCCAGCGAGAGGACCACGUGGGAGGAUCCAGGAGGCUCAAGAGGUUGCAACAGAGCCCGAUCGCCCCGGCGGUGUGGCUGAAGACCUUCUUUACCAGUUUGCGAACGAGCGAGACGAGCCUGAAGACGUUGAGAUGCAACAAGUCACUGCGUCUCCCGCUCGGCCACGUAUCGGGUACCGAUCCCAGACACAACCGGAAUACCAAGGAGAUCUCCAUGACCUAUCCGAUGACCUCGGCUAUGAUGGAGGUGGCGGAACCGGAGGUCGUGUCGCAGCUGUGUCCACGGCGACUAGGUUGCGAGCAUCAGCUGUGUCCGAACUGAAGGACUUCAGCGGCAAGGAACAUGACGAAGAAGCCGCCCGAGCCUGGUUCAACGAGGUUAGAACGGCUUCCCGACGGGAUCAGAUGCAGCCAGACGAGAUGUGCUUGACAUUUGCCGAUUUGAUGAUAGGCCCUGCGCGCAAUUGGUAUUACCAGCUGAGCCGCACCGCUCGCGCGUCGUGGACUGACCUGGGUGAACAGUUCCAGAUCCCCUUUUGCGGUAAAGGGAUCUCCCUCGCGCGCAAGUACUACCACAUGCGGCGCGGGAGUCAGGAAGACCCACCAGAUUGUUUAUACCGGCUGAAUCUGGCCGGGAUACGUGCAAACUUGAAGAUCCAUGAUGGCACCAAGGAACAACGACGUGAACACGUCGACCACUACAUCGAUACAGUCCAAGAUGACGAUCUCGCCGGAUCUCUGGUAGUGUUGAGGCUGACUGACUCAGAAGCUCUCGAAGGCGUCCUGUUGGCCAUGCGACGCCGCCACCAACGUCGCAAGAUUGAGACACAAGGUUCGAAAUACCGCCAAAAGGCUCCCGCCCCUGCAGCCUCCUCGAAGGCGGUGCGGGUUGUGACUACCGGUCGCGGACGCCGCGGAGAUCACGGAGAUCUCAACGAGUUCGAGGGCGAAUCAAGCAGUUCCGAUAGCGAAUCUGAAGACGAAAGAGCGCACGUAUUUUUGGCAGCUAGGACGCCUACACCAGGAGAUGGUGAACAGCCAGGGGCGCGCCAAGACCGCGAAGACCAACUGGGGCGUCCGAAGUACGGCACUCGAUGCUCACACUGCGAAUCUCGCAAGCAUACGGAUCUCGGGUGCUGGACGAGGCUCACGUGCCAGAAGUGUGGACGCAUGGGCCAUCCUACCGACAAGUGCUUCUACGUCUGCAAGUGCUGUGGAGACGUUCACGAAGCAGGUCAGUGUAAAAUCGGCGACUUCUUCGAUGCUGUUCGCCAAUGGUACAACCCGACUCGCCAUGCCGGACUGCUGCCCGAGAGCGUCGAGAAGGCGUUAAACUAG